AUUAACUAACUCACAAACAAACAAAAAAACACACCAUGACAGCUGGUCUGAGCCCUGAGAAGGUCGCCUCCUUCACUAAGAAGCUGAAGUCGGAGCCCCGCUACCUGCUGGCUCAGAAUGUGUCGACCUGCAUCGACCCUCUGGAGGUGUGUCUGCACAGGACGACGGUGCAGGACACCGUCCACGUCUUCCAGCACGCCAUCCCCAGCGAGGGCAAGCCCAUCACACACCAGAAGAGCUCAGGAAGGUGCUGGAUCUUUUCCUGCCUCAACGUGAUGCGUCUUCCGUUCAUGAAGAAGUUUAACAUGGAAGAGUUCGAGUUCAGCCAGUCCUAUCUGUUCUUCUGGGAUAAGAUUGAGCGCUGUUACUACUUCCUUCACGCCUACGUGGAGACAGCCCUGCGGAAAGAGCCUGUGGACGGGAGGCUGGUCCAGUUCCUUCUGUCCAACCCCUCCAACGACGGAGGACAGUGGGACAUGCUGGUCAACCUUAUCGAAAAAUACGGCGUUAUGCCCAAGAAGAGUUUCCCGGAGUCGCACAGCUCGGAGGCCUCCAGACGGAUGAAUGACAUUCUGAACCACAAGAUGAGAGAGUAUUGCCUCAGACUGAGGAACAUGGUGGCCAGCGAUGCAUCUAAAGAAGAGCUCUCUGACACCAUGGAUACUAUGAUAGAGGAGGUGUUUCGGGUGGUGAGUGUCUGUCUGGGCAGCCCUCCCGACACGUUCACCUGGGAGUACCGAGACAAGGAGAAGAACUUCCACAGGCUGGGGCCACUGAGCCCACUGCAGUUCUACAGAGAGCAUGUCAAACCACUGUACGACAUUGAGGACAAGAUCUGCCUGGUGAAUGACCCUCGACCCCAGAACCCCUACAAUAAGCUGUACGGUGUAGAGUUCCUGGGUAACAUGGUGGGCGGCCGCAUAACCAAAUACAAUAACCAGGCUGUGGACGUGCUCAAGAAAGCCGCCGCGGACUCCAUCAAAGACGGGGAGGCUGUGUGGUUUGGUUGUGAUGUUGGGAAGCACUUCCAUGGCAAGCUGGGUAUCAACGACAUGGAUGUGUUUAACCAUGAGCUGGUGUUUGGGAUCUCUGUGAAGAACCUGUCCAAGGCUGAGAGGUUAAUAUUUGGAGACUCUUUGAUGACCCACGCCAUGGUCCUGACUGCUGUCACUGACAAGGAAGGGAAGGAGGGAAGUUACAAGAAGUGGAGAGUUGAGAAUUCCUGGGGAGACGACCGUGGAAACAAAGGCUACCUCAUCAUGACUGACGACUGGUUCUCGGAGUAUGUUUACGAGGUAGUCGUGGACAAGAAGUACGUCUCCGCAGAGGUGCUGGAAGUGAUGGAGCAAGAGCUGGUGGUCCUCCCAGCCUGGGAUCCAAUGGGUGCCCUCGCUUAACCACAGAAAGCGCUUGUCUGUUUUUACGCCACCAGUUGAAGCCCCUUUGUAAACUCUAGAAAACAUAUACCAGCCCAAUAAAGAGAAGGACGUUUUAUACCGA